UAGGAAGAUGAUGUACUGUCGUACUGUCAUGUUGAAAACUUUACAAAAUAACUGAAACAGAUAUUUUUAAUGAUUCUUUAUAUAAAAUUAACGGUUUUAAUCAUUUUAACGAUUUCUAAUAUAACUUAUUCCAUGUUAGAAGAUUAUGAUAGUUUGAGCGAAUGUAAAGAAGAAUGGCCAAGUUGUGAGGAUCAAAUAAAUGUAAUGUGUGAUUCAAGACGUUGUCGUCCUCCUGUUAAUAGAGAUUGUAGACCUAUGGAAAUGGACGAUGAAUUAAGGAAUCAUAUUUUGAAAGAACACAAUCGUUUGAGAAAUUUUUUAGCAAGCGGGGAGGAGACAAGGGGUGGUGUUGUGGGUGCAUCCAAUAUGAUGGUUCUUAAUUACGAUUACGAUCUCGAAAGAUCAGCGGCUUGCACCGCUACUAAAUGUGACAUGUAUCGCGAUCGCUGUAGACGUACCAAACGAUUUGAAAGGGUAGGACAAAAUCAUCAUAGAGCACCUACAGAACAAUCACAAAUGCAAGCCGCAAACACGUGGUAUUUGGAAAUUAUAAGACCGGCUCUGAUUAAUUAUCCUGCAAUUUUUGAUGAUUGGAAACCGUUUCAUACCGUUUCAAACUUUACUCAAGUUGUCUGGGCUAAGACGACACACGUUGGAUGCGGAAGAUCAGUCUCAGAAGAAGCUUAUUUCUUGGUUUGUAGUUACGGUCCUGGUGGAAAUAGGCUUAGUCAACCUGUUUACAAAAAAGGUGAACCUGCGACACAAUGUCCCCCAAAGGUAAAAAGAAGUAAAAAGUACCCGAACCUAUGCGGAACUGCUCAUGAUAUUAAUGUCGCAGUACAUUUGCAUCCUAUACAAAACAUAUGGCUAUAUAUUUUUUUCACUUUUUAUAGUUUUUUACAGUUCUGAUUGUAAUAUAUUCUAGUAAACGUAA